CUUCCGGCGGCGAGUGAAGACGUGGCCUCUCAAGUUUGCCGGCUACUUCCGGUUCCGUCGCAGGCUGAGGCCUGCCCUGCCCUGCUAACAAGGGCUUUGCCUCUGGCUGUCCAGCCGUGGAGGAUGAGGAGACCCCGCAGAGGAGAAGGAGGAGACCCCGGCGGCGGCGGCUGAGGCGGAGAGAAGCCUGGCCAUGGAGGAGAAGUUCGGCGGAGGAGGCGCAGGCAGCGAGGCCCUGGCUGGAGGCGGGAGGCUGGGGCCCGUGGAUGCUCCCAACGCCCGCCUGACAAAAUAUAUUGUGUUGCUGUGCUUAACCAAAUUUUUGAAAGCAUUGGGCUUGUUUGAGUCCUAUGAUCUCCUGAAAGUAGUUCACCUUGUACAGUUUAUCUUCAUAGUAAAGCUUGGGUCUGCAUUUUUUAUGAUUCUGUUUCAAAAGCCAUUUUCUUCUGGAAAACCUGUUACUAAACAUCAGUGGAUCAAAAUAAUUAAACAUGCUGUUGUUGGCUGCAUAAUUUCACUUUUGUGGUUUUUUGGCCUCACCCUCUGUGGACCUCUAAGAACUGUGUUGCUUUUUGAGCAUAGUGAUAUUGUUGUCAUUUCACUGCUUAGCGUACUAUUCACAAGCUCAGGAGGAGGACCAGCAAAGACAAGAGGUGUGGCAUUUUUCAUUAUUGCUGUGAUCUGCCUGUUGCUUUUUGAUAAUGAUGACCUCAUGGCUAAAAUUGCAGAACAUCCUGAAGGACACCAUGAUAGUGCUCUAACCCACAUACUUUAUACAAUCAUUGCUUUCUUAGGAGUUGCAGAUCAUAAGGGAGGAGUAAUCUUGCUAGUAUUAGCAUUGUGUUGUAAAGUUGGUUUUCACACAGCUUCCCGAAAGCUCUCAGUAGAUAUUGGUGGAGCUAAACGCCUUCAAGCAUUGUCUCAUCUUGUUUCUGUCAUCCUAUUGUGUCCAUGGGUUAUUGUUUUAUCUCUGACAACAGAGAGUAAAGUAGAAUCCUGGUCUUCUCUCAUCGUGCCCUUCAUAACAGUUAUCCUUUUUGUAAUGGUUUUGGACUUCUAUGUAGAAUCUGUAUGCUCCAUCAAGAUGGAGGUCUCAAAAUGUGCCCGUUAUGGAUCCUUUCUCAUUUUCAUUAGUGCUCUACUUUUUGGAAACUUUUGGACACAUCCAAUAACAGACCAGCUCCGAGCUAUGAGCAAACCAGCACACCCAGAAACCACAGAGCAUGUUAUUUCUGGAGGAGUGAUUGUCAGUGCCAUAUUCUUUAUAUUAUCUGCUAAUGUUCUCUCCUCCCCAACACGGAAGGGACAGAAAGGCACUCUCAUUGGUUAUUCUCCAGAAGGAAUACCACUGUACAAUUUUAUGGGUGAUGCUUUCCAACACAGCUCUCAAUCAUUACCUCGAUUUAUUAAAGAAUCAUUAAAACAGAUCCUUGAGGAGUCUGACUCAAGGCAGAUCUUCUACUUUCUGUGCUUAAAUCUGGCUUUUACUUUUGUGGAACUCUUUUAUGGUGUGUGGACCAACAGUCUAGGAUUAAUAUCAGAUGGAUUUCACAUGCUUUUUGACUGUUCAGCUUUAGUUAUGGGUCUCUUUGCAGCGCUGAUGACGAGAUGGAAAGCAACACGUAUAUUCUCCUAUGGGUUUGGCCGUGUAGAAAUUCUCUCUGGGUUUAUUAAUGGCCUUUUCCUCAUGGUAAUAGCUUUCUUUGUCUUCAUGGAGUCUAUGGCCAGGCUGGUUGAUCCUCCAGAUAUUGACACAAAUAUGUUGACCCCUGUCUCGGUUGGAGGAUUGCUAGUAAACCUUGUUGGUAUCUGUGCCUUUAGCCAUGCCCAUUCCCAUGGACCUUCUCGAGGAGGAUGCCAUGCACAUGAACACAGCCAUUCACACCAUGGCCACGGCCACAGUCAUGGCCAUGGCCAUUCUCACAAUGACUAUGGGCACAGUCAUAAUCAUGGACACUCACAUGGCUCAUCAGGAGGUGGCAUGAAUACCAACAUGAGAGGAGUAUUUCUACAUGUCUUGGCAGACACCCUUGGCAGUGUUGGUGUGAUCAUUUCGACAAUACUCAUUCAGCAGUUUGGAUGGCUAAUAGCUGAUCCCCUCUGCUCUCUCUUUAUUGCUACAUUGAUUUUUCUCAGUGUUAUCCCACUGAUAAAAGAUGCCUGUCAGGUACUGUUGUUGAGGUUGCCACAAGAACAUGAAAAGGCUCUGCACAUGGCUUUAGAAAAGAUCCAGAAAAUUGAUGGUGUAAUCUCCUACAGAGAUCCUCAUUUUUGGUGUCACUCUGCUAAUGUUGUGGCAGGCACUAUACAUAUCCAAGUGAUGUCAGAAGUGAUGGAACAAAGAAUUAUACAGCAGGUUUCAGCAAUUCUGAAAGAUGCUGGUGUCAACAAUUUAACAGUCCAGGUAGAAAAAGAAGCCUAUUUUCAGCAUAUGUCUGGCCUCAGUACAGGGUUUCAUGAUGUCCUUGCUAUGACAAAACAAAUGGAAUCCAUGAAAUACUACAAAGAUGGCACUUACAUCAUGUGAUUUGGAGCUACAUCUGUUGGUUCAUUAUCUAGAUGUCAUCAGGGGAAUUUGCACAUAAAUGUACAGAAACAUGUAUAUUAUAUAUUUGGAUUUUUAAGAGGGGCAAAGGUAUUAUAGCAUUAAAACAUGAUCAAGAGGUUUAAGAAGCAGUGAUACGAUUGGAACAUAUGCUGUAUAUGUGGAAAUGAUGGCAAUGUAAAAAUACUGUAUUUGGUGUCUAUUAAAACAAAUUUUGCUAUAUAAGUGUGGAUGAGCACAAAUAUAUUUCACACUUUCCCCAGAAAGGAAUACUGAGCAUUUCUCUUCCAUCUCAGAUCUAAAGGAAAUCAUUUUAAGUUAUAAUGAAACAGAUAGACUCCAAAAACUAUUUCUACAAAAUUAAUUUGAAGUACUGCUGCUGUAUGUGUAUUUACACAUAAAGGUUAGCUGCAAAUAGGUUUUUCAGAGUUCAUUAAAUACAAAUGAAUCUGUACAAUUUUAUAUUUAUUCCAUUGCUGUAUAUAAUCCUAUUUUCUAAGCUCAACUUUGUAAAAUGAAGGUAAUAGAUCCUACUAUUUGAAAAUUGUUAGUGAACUAAUUUUUUUAAGAGAGAAAAAAAUCUUAUAUUGGCAAUAAGCCAGGGAGAAAUAAAAGUACGUCUUUUUUGUUGGUACACUCCUAUGCUUCUGUUCAGUUGAAAAGUUGAAAAUUUUAUUUGAACCACUAUGUAAAAUAAACAUUUUAUAAUUUUUAUA